GCUGGAAAAAAAUUUGUGCCGUCGAAGCGUCGACGAAGUUGACUUGUUGCAGUAAAAAAAGGAAGGCGUAAGAUAUUUCCUUUUUUUUCCCAAUCCCCUGAAUUUCUUCUUCCUUCGAAUCAAAAUUUGGACAUUCAUUCCCAUCCUGCUUCGAAUCCCUUUUCCCUUCAGCACAGGGCAGCGGCCAGAGAGGGCAGUAGGGAUAAAAAAAAAACCCCUUCCCAGGCAAGUUGGCUGCUUCGCCAGCUCACUGCUGGGCGAACUGCGGGAAAAGUGGUGAAAUUUACGGCGCGGAUUUAGUUCAGACCGAAGAUCGGGGAGAUUCAUUCAUGGACUGAUUUGGUCUGCAAUGGAGUUCAAGAAGGAGAAGCUCGUGAGGUUUUAUCCAGAGGGCAAGCAACAUGUAGGAAUUUUUCCAUGGGGCAAAGGUGAAGCAAUAUACCCUGAAAACCCUGACAAAGUCUCAUCAUCUUCACUGCUGAUGCCGGGGAGCAAAGGAGGUGGCAAGCUGCCGGAGACCUCGAAGAUGGGAGGUGGAAGGGCGACCAAGGUCUUCUCGGAGGACUAUCAACCAUGGCACCAGAAAAUGCUGGAUCCUGGCAGUGACAUUGUGUUGAGAUGGAACAGGAUCUUCCUUGUAUCAUGCCUGGUGGCUCUCUUCGUCGAUCCACUCUACUUUUAUCUUCCUACCAUAGGAGGGGAUGGGAAGAGUUCUUGUGUUAGCACGGAUUACAACUUGAGAAUCGUCGUCACAUUCUUCAGAACUGUGGCAGAUCUGUUCUAUCUUCUGCAUGUGGUGUUGAAGUUCAGGACUGCUUAUGUUGCUCCGAGCUCUCGUGUAUUUGGCCGUGGUGAACUUGUCAUGGAUCCCAAGCUGAUUGCUCGGAGGUACUUUCGAUCUGACUUUUUGAUCGACCUCAUCGCCACUCUGCCUCUCCCUCAGAUAGUUGUCUGGUUCAUCAUCCCCGCAACUAGAAAGCCUCGAACAGAUCAUAACAAUAAUGCGCUUGCCCUGAUCGUGUUGCUUCAGUAUAUCCCUAGGUUAUAUCUCAUCUUUCCCCUGAGCUCUCAAAUUAUCAAGGCUACUGGUUUGGUCACUAGGACAGCUUGGGCAGGAGCUGCUUACAAUCUUAUAUUGUACAUGCUGGCAAGCCAUGUUCUAGGAGCAUCAUGGUAUUUGCUAUCCAUUGAGAGGCACACAACCUGCUGGAAAAAGAUUUGUAGGAAUGAAACAGCUCCUAUUAAGUGUGAGCUUAAUUACCUUGAUUGCGGUGCUUUCAACCACAACGAUAGGAUAGCAUGGGCAAAAAACACCACUGUGUUUCAAGAUUGUGAUCCGAGUAAUGAUAUCGAGUUCCAAUAUGGAUUGUUUGGAAAUGCGGUGAAGAAAAAGGUUGUCUCUACUAGUUUUGUGGAUAAGUACUUCUAUUGCUUGUGGUGGGGGUUGCAGCAAUUAAGUUCAUAUGGCCAGAACUUGACAACAAGCACAUUCAUUGGGGAGACAUCAUUUGCUAUACUGAUAUCAAUCAUGGGUCUGGUUCUUUUUGCCCAUUUAAUUGGCAAUAUGCAGACGUACCUUCAAUCUCUUACAGUGAGACUUGAGGAAUGGCGGCUCAAGCGAAGGGACACAGAAGAGUGGAUGAGACAUCGCCAGCUUCCCGAAGAUCUGAGGGAUCGUGUUCGGCGCUUUGUCCAAUACAAGUGGGUUGCAACGCGAGGUGUCCUCGAGGAAGACAUCCUACGUGGCUUGCCUACCGAUCUCCGCCGUGACAUCCAACGCCACCUCUGCCUCGAUCUCGUUCGACGUGUUCCCUUCUUCUCGCAGAUGGAUGAUCAGCUGCUUGAUGCAAUCUGCGAGCGCCUGGUGUCUUCCCUUAGCACGCAAGGCACCUACAUUGUGCGGGAAGGUGACCCUGUGACCGAAAUGCUAUUCAUUAUUCGCGGCAGUCUCGAAAGCUCCACAACUAAUGGUGGAAGAACCGGGUUCUUCAACUCGAUCAUGCUCAAGCCUGGUGACUUCUGUGGUGAGGAGCUCCUCGCAUGGGCCCUCCAUCCCAAAUCAUCUCUCAACCUUCCUUCAUCAACUAGAACUGUGAGAUCGCUCAACGAGGUCGAAGCGUUUGCCCUGCGAGCUGAGGAUCUCAAGUUUGUGGCGAACCAGUUCAGGCGACUGCAUAGCAAGAAGCUGCAACAUACGUUUAGGUAUCACUCACAUCACUGGAGGACAUGGGCUGCCUGCUUCAUCCAAGCAGCUUGGCGUCGGCACAAAAAGAGGAUGGUGGAACACACUCUCACGAUGUCGGAAUCUUUCCAGCAGAGGGAACUUGAGAUGAUGAUGGCGCAGGAAGAAGAGGAACGAAGUUCAAGUGCCUCGAGAGGGAAACUCAACCUUGGGGCAACGAUAUUGGCUUCGAGAUUUGCGGCGAAUACUAGGAGAGGAGUGCAGCAGAAGCUGAAGGAUGUGGAUAUGGUGAAGCUACAGAAGCCAGAGGAGCCCGACUUCUCUGUCGAUGCUGACUAAGUAGGAUGUAUAAUCUCUCAAUCAGGAUGUGAAUGUGGAUAGCUAUAUGAAUAUGUUUUUGCAGGAUCUUACAGAGGAUAACAACAGGAGAUCAGAUUGGUGCUCCAUUGCUAGUCUGGAAAUGCUUCCCUAGAUUGCAGAAAUGAAAAAGGACUUUUGAGAUCCUAUGUUGUAAUAUAAGCUGUAACUAUUGAUAUCCCUUUGACAAGUUCAUUAUGCCAGGCAACGCUUACUCGAACAAGAAUAUAAUGAUUUUUCGAAAUUUCAUAAGUUGCAUGAAUUCAUUUUUUAAGUUUGUUUCUUUUUCACCUUGGAACCUGAAGUCCACUAAAUGUGAGUCCACACUCCACACUAACACUGCCCACUUCUUCUAUAUGGGUAAAACGGCGACGCUUCUGACUAAUGCUGCAGAAGAGAAAACAUGAAAGCUGGAAGUGAAAUAGAGGGAACUUGUUUCCCGUUCUUAGGAAGAAGAUAAUGGUGAUAACGGUCGGAGAAGCAACGCCUCGUCUCAAGUUCACACUCUCUCGUUUCAACCCGUCGCCAGUACUUCCAACUUCCCUCCGGCGACACACCUUCUCCUCCCGGCGAAAUCCACUCAGAGCUCCCGCCGUCGUCGUCGCCGCCGCCACUACUCCCAAGCGAUGGAGCACUACUCUCAGCUCCAAAAGCUGCGAGGUUCCAGUUUUUGAUCCAUUGGGCAUUGAAUCAAAUGGAGAUUCUGGUCUAGGUGAUGCAUGGGAAAGCUUUGUCUCUUUGUUAUCCCCAAUUUUCGAAGUGGGUUCCUCAAGUAGUUCAAGAAAAGACAAGCCUUUACCUCGAGGAGUUGCAGGUUUGGCCUUAGAUUACAGUUUUGGUUGGAUGUUCUGCAUUUUGGAUGGCCCAUUGCCAGGAAAGUUCCUCAAGCUAUUGGGUUUCUUAGCUCUAUCACGCCUUGGAAUCUACAUCCCACUUGGUGGUGUUAACAGGGAAGCUUUUGUGGGGAAUUUAGAUCAGAAUAGCUUGCUGAGCACUUUGGAUUCAUUCUCUGGUGGAGGAAUUGGUAGGUUGGGGAUUUGCUCUCUUGGUAUAGUUCCAUUCAUCAAUGCACAGAUUGUAUUCCAGCUUCUUGCUCAAGUGUAUCCCAAGUUGCAAGAUCUUCAGAAAAAAGAAGGGGAAGCUGGACGGAAGAAGAUUCUUCAGUAUACUCGAUAUGCUUCGGUUGGAUUUGCUAUAGUACAGGCAAUUGGUCAAGUUUUCUUCCUUCGUCCCUACGUCAAUGACUUCAGUUCAGAAUGGGCUAUAUCAUCCGUCACAUUAUUAACACUUGGCUCGGUUCUCACUACAUACCUCGGUGAACGAAUCUCGGAUUUGAAGCUUGGCAAUGGGACAUCUCUCUUGAUAUUCACAAGCAUCAUCUCCUACUUGCCAGCUUCUUUUGGUAGGACUGCAGCUGAGGCAUUGCAGGACGGGAACUACAUUGGUCUUGGUACCAUUGUAGCGUCAUUCUUACUGCUAGUCUUUGGCAUUGUGUAUGUUCAGGAAGCAGAGAGGAAGAUCCCGCUUAACUAUGCCUCAAGAUAUAGCAGCAGCAGUGGUGGUAGCCUUCAAAAGUCUGCUUAUCUUCCAUUCAAGGUUAAUAGUUCUGGAGUGAUGCCAAUCAUUUUCUCCACGUCAUCAUUGGCUCUUCCUGGCACUCUAGCCCGGUUCACUGGAAUAUCUGUGCUGAAAAAGGCUGCAUUGGCUCUGAACCCUGGAGGUUCAUUCUAUCUCCCUACAAACAUUAUGCUUAUAGCCUUCUUCAACUACUACUACACAUUCCUUCAAUUGGAUCCUGAUGAUGUGAGUGAACAAUUGAAGCGCCAAGGUGCAUCCAUCCCAUUGGUCCGUCCCGGUAAAAGUACUGCAGCCUUUCUGAAAACAGUUCUAAGCAGAAUUUCAGUUCUUGGUUCGGCUUUUCUGGCCGUCCUGGCAGCUGGUCCAGCCGUGGUUGAACAGAUCACUCACUUGACAGCAUUCCGAGGAUUUGCAGGGACCUCUGUGCUAAUUCUUGUUGGUUGUGCCACAGACACGGCUAGGAAAGUCGAAGCAGAGAUCAUAUCUCAGAAGUAUAAGAACAUUGAGUUUUAUGAUCUUGACAAGUAUGGCAAAUGAGAUUUUGGAAGGAGAGGGUGGAAGCUCUGUUGAAUUGUAAAGCUAUUCCAAGAGUAGUAAUCCCACUUUGAAGAUAGCUGUAGGGAAUGAAUUGUACUUGUAUGAAAAUAGUGUCUUAUAUAUGUUGUAAAAUAAUAGUUCAGGGACCAUUUUUCAUGGUAGUAGAGAGUAGGGAUGACAAUUUCGACCUGGCUCGUUUUAUCCGACCUGUUUGACCUGUUUUGGAGCGGGUCCAACCCGCCCCGUAGGCGGUGCGGGGCGGGCAUGGGUAGUCUCAUCGACUCGACCUGCCCUGCCUACGGACCAAUUACUUAGGAUUUUCUUUUUAUUGCAUCAUAUUUUAGCUAUAAUAAAGUUGUAGAUCAGUGAAAACCUCAAUUGCUCCAAUAAUGUGACUACAAUUGUCAUAA